GAAGUUGUAACAGUCAGUCCAUCUGUUGGUCUCAUCUGUAAGAAUUCAGACCAGAAAGAUAAACGUUGUGAAGAUUACAAAGUCAGAUUCUGUUGUCCCAAAGCUGACAAGUGGACUCAAUGGUUCGAUAGAGAUAACCCAAGUGGAACUGGUGACUGGGAACAUUUGGCAUCGCUUCUUGACGCUUACCCUGGCAGAGUCUGUAAACACCCAACUGCUGUUGAUGCUCAGCUUACAUCAGGCGCACCAUAUACAGAUGGUGGUGAUACCCUUACAUUGUCACCAUCUCAGGGUCUCAUCUGUCAAAACAAUCUUCAAGCAGACAAGUCCUGUAAUGACUACAAAGUGAGAUUCUGUUGUCCACAAGGUAAGAAAUGGAAAAUGGAAGAGAUGUCCUACACUUUUUCUUUUUUUUUGUGCUAG